AUGUAAUUUAUAAAAAAUUUAGUUAAUAAGUCUGUGGAUUAAUUAAUCUCUAUUGAGGGUAAAGUUAUUGGCAUAGAACAUUAGAAAUGGAACUAAAUUAAUUUAAUCAUAAUAACAGUAUCCAUAGAGAAAGAGUAAUUUAAGAUAUAUGGUUUCAUCUAAAUAUAAAAAAUGGAUUUGUAGAUUGGGUUUAAGUAUGAAUUCACAAAAGUACAAGUAGGCACAAUGAAUAAUUAAUUUUGUGGUUUACUUUCUACUCAAUCUAGGAUUUAUUGUGAUAGACAAGAUAUUUUGGAGAUGGAGAAGUAUAAAUCUGAAAUAUUUGAUAAACAUCCAAAAUAAUAAAUAGAAGUUGAAAAAUCUGAUAAAUUUAUUACGAAUCCUUAUAUAAUCAAUUUAAAUGAUUAUUUAUCAUAAGAUGAAUUUCAACUUGAAGGAACAAUGUUAAAUAAAAUAAAAUAGAAAUUACAAAAUUUAAAAAUAUCCACUUUAGUAGGUUAUAUUUAUAAAAUAAAUACAGAUCAAAAAAGGAUGUUAAAUUUAGGUAUUAUAGAUGAUGUGACUCAUUCUCCUUGUGAGAUUGAUUUACUAUAUAAUGACAUAUAAUAAACAACCAAUUAUAAAUUAGGUUAAAAAAUUAGCUUUACAAAUUUAUAAAAGUAGAAUAGAGUUAUUUAAAAUUCAUUUAAGGGUUUUAUAGAAGAUUAAUAGGUAAUUUAAUAUGAUUUAAUUAAUAUGGAAAAUCAAUAAAUUAAUUUAUAAUCUUUAUUAAGGAGAUUAAAAACAUUCAAUAUAUUACCAUAUUCUUAAUUGAAUGAAAUUAAACCAUAUACAAUAGAUAGAAAACUAAGAAAAUAUAAAGUUGAUACAGUCAAAAUUUAUUCAAUACUUUUCUAAUAUACAUGUUCAAUUUGUAAAGGGAGUGUGAAAUGGCAAUAAAAUAAAAUAUAUUAAUGUGAAAGUUGUUUAUCUUUUGUUGAUUUAAAAGAUUGUAUUUGGGAAAUUUUAGCUUUGGUUUAAGUAAGAGUGGGUACACAGAUGGCAUUAUUAAAAUUAAGAGAUCGUCUUGUUCUUGAAUUUUUUGAAAUAUCUCCAUUUUAUGAAUAAUUUUUAUAGAAUUACAGUCUCACUACAGGUAUUUCUAUAUAGAUAAUUAGAAAAUAAUUCUUUAAGAUAGGAAUUAAUAGAGGAUGAUGAGAAAUUAAAAUAUCUUAAUAGUGCUUUCUAUAAGUCAUUUAUUUGUAAAGAGAUUUUGGGAUAGGCAUAUUGCGAUUUUAUUAAGACAGCGAAAACUAAGUAUAAUAAGUAAUUUAUAUAUUCUUAGAGAAAAGUGGAAAUAGAUUAAUAAAUUAAAAAAGUAACAAUUAUAAUAAAUGAAUUUUGAUUUUGAAUACAAAUUUGUUGAUUAUUAAGUUUGGAUUGAGAAAAAUGAAUAUGAAAAAUUAAUCAUAUUUCCUAAUGGUGCAUAUGAAUAAGUUUUGAAAAAUAACAAUUCAGAAAAAUGGUAUGAGAAUAGAGUAUUGGAACCUUUAAUUUGUUUAGAGUGUUUUGGAGUUUAAAAUAUUAGUAUCAAUUAUUAUAAAUACAUAGCAUCUGCUAUAUAAUGAUUUUAAUGAAUUUAAUUUUAUUUAGUAUUUUUCGUUAUGAAUUAAUGUUUGAAUAAUAAGAGCAAGGCUAUUAUAAUUAAAUAACCUGAUCCCACCUUUAUGAGAGCACUAAAUUUAAGCAAGCAUACUAAAUCAAAUAACUAAAUACCAAAAGAACAGUAAUAAAUAUCUACUUAAAGAACUUAAAGAACAAUAAUACCUUCAAUGUAUGAAAGCAUAUUAAUAUUUAAAUAGAAAAUCAAUCUCAAAUAAAAAUAGUUAAGAAAAGAUUAGAGUUUAUGAUGUAUUUAAAUAAAUACCUAGAAAUAAGAGUUAAUCUUAUCAUAAUCAUAUUAAUAAAAUGGAUGAAUCAAGAGAAAUAUUAAGUAAACUUAAUUAACAGAAAAAAUUCAAUGUUGGUAAAUAUUUUAAGUUUAAAUGAAGUAAAGAUUGUUAAAAAACAUCUAGAUUUAUUGAACCAAUCUUAACAACUCAUCGAGUUGAACUACCUCCUUCAAAUAAAAAAAGAUCAUAUAGCAAUGCAUAAACUAUAGAUAAGUUAUUUAAAAUGAAU